GGAGGAGAUAAUGCUACAGGGCUUGGUCUAUUCCGCAAGAAGCUAUAUCGCAUAACCCUAAAAGAUUGGACGCUCGACCUAUAUUUUAUUUGUAUCUCGUCUAAAAUUCUUAGAAUGCUUGACAACCUAAGUACUACGAGUUCCGCGGGUUGGCCGACCAUCCAGCGAAGAAGAAUUCCGUUUAAACCCUUUGAAACUUUCAUGCAUCGGCUUAUGCGCACAUUGCUCUAA